CUCCCCUGAGUCGAAUUCAGGGCGGGCGCAGUCUGAAUCACACACGACACGACGCACGCAGCCGACCCCAAACCGUCGCAGACAAAAGUCUUGACCGGCGCCCACGACCAGCACAAUCUGCGGAACUGCGAGCCCACGAACGCUGCGCCAGACUAGCGAGCCAAACAUCGAGAGGAGAGUGGGCGCGAGAUCCUGCACCUCAAAAACACAACCACAAUCGCGAAGAUGAGCGGUCUCGCGGAUAAGCAGGAGUCCAUCUUGAUCUUUGACAAGUUGAAGACCAAGCCAGCCAACAAGAUCUGCUUCGACUGCGGCCAGAAUAAUCCCACCUGGACCUCGGUGCCCCUGGGCAUCUACCUGUGCCUGGACUGCUCGGCGCAUCACCGCAACCUCGGCGUCCAUAUUUCUUUUGUUCGGUCUACUAACCUUGACCAAUGGCAAUGGGACCAGUUACGGACUAUGAAGGUUGGCGGCAAUGAGUCCGCCACAAGGUUCUUCCAACAAAACGGCGGCUCGGGCUACCUGAACAGCAAGGACCCCAAGACUAAGUACGACAAUGCUGUUGCUGCAAAGUACAAGGAGGAGCUCAAGAAGAGAGCCGUGAGGGAUCUCAGAGAGUUCCCCGACGCGGUCGUAAUCAACGACGGAGGCGACUUUUCUGCCGAGACCACCCCGAACCCCGACGAAGACGACUUCUUCUCGUCGUGGGACAAGCCGGCCAUUAAGAAGCCGACCCCGCCCCUCUCGAGGACCGCCACGCCCGUUCUUGGGGGGCGCACCCCUUCCCCUUUCCUCAACCCUUCGACUUUCUCUAAUACAGCUAAUGGGAGUGGUAUUGCGCGCGCCGCCUCGCCUCUCUCGCCCCUUGCCAACACGGACAGCGAUUCCCAGCCUGCCGCCCCGAGCCGCAUCACGACCUCGGCAGCGCUCAGGUCCAAGACGACAUCUAGCGGCCCGCGCAAAGUCAACGUGCUCGGCGCCAAGAAGACGCAGAAGCUUGGGGCAAAGAAGAUUACUGCCGAUUUCAUCGACUUUGACGAGGCAGAAAAGAAGGCCAAGGAGGAGGCGGAGCGCAUCGCGAAGCUUGGCUACGACCCUAAUGCCGAAGACGAGGUCGCGGCUGCUAAGUUUUCUAAGGCCGACUCGUCCAGCAGCAUACUGUCUCCCACCCCGGUCAGCCCGCCCCCCCGGGGAGGUUACGGGUCUUCGUCGCACGCUCGAGAGAAGUCGGCGUCGGAGAUCGAGCGUCUGGGCAUGGGCCUCGGCCGUCUGGGCUUUGGUCAGGUCGGCGGCAACAAGCCGGCUGCCGCCGCCCCUAAGAAGAACGCUGGCGGCUUUGGCUCUGUAGGCCCGAUCAAGGCUACCGCUGAGACUGAUGACGAAAAGUAUGCGCGCAACAAGUUUGGUAACCAAAAGGCCAUCUCAUCAGACGAGUUCUUUGGCAAGGGCAACUUCGACGUCAGCGUGCGCGACGAGGCGCGAUCGCGCCUACAGGGGUUCGAAAGCUCAGCAUCCAUCUCGUCCAACGCCUACUUUGGCCGCCCCGACGACGACCAGGUCACGGACGACUACGGUGACAUCGAGUCGGCCGCAAAGGACUUUGUCCGCAGGUUCGGCAUUACGACGGCCUCGGACCUCGAAAAGCUUGGCGAAAACGCUGGCAAGCUGAAAAACGCUAUCCAGGCCUAUCUUGCAAGCUAAAAGCUGAGACGUGCGAUUGAGAUGAGACAAGAUGGGAUGAAAACGGCUCCGUGGGUGUUUUGCCGGACUAGUGGUGGUGAUUUCUUGUUUCAGGGCGCGUGGCUAUAAUAUUAUAAGCUGUGCUGGCUAUGGCUAGCGCGGUGAGAGAGGACUCUCUGUCACGGGAAAGAAAGGGGUUGAGGAGAGCAGAGGUUGUGGGUUGUGGGUUGUGGGUUGUGGUUGUUUGAGUCUUGGUUUUGUCUAAUCGGUCGUAUGCCAACCCAACCGGCCAGCCUUGCAGCCCUGACAAGAGAUAUUGUGGCUUUUUUCUUGUUGGUUUUGCGUAUCUUUUAUCUUGUUUUGGUAAACAAACGGGUCGAGUUUUGGUAGAAUAUCAAAUUGCUGCUUCUGUUCCCCCUUA